UGUCUAUAAGAAGUUGUGUUUUCAGCUGUUGUUUUGAGACCAGAACAAACGGCUGAAACGUUUGCAUUUUUAGAGGCUCAAGAUAACAUCUGGGAACUCACCUAUUUCCAGAGCAUCAUAUAGAAAAUGAAGUGCUUCUUCCACUUCAGGGGCAAGUCCAGGAGCAGGCAUCAAAGAUCAGCACCAGAUUUGAACUCUGACUUUUCGGGGUGUAGUCGGGCCGCUAAUUCGUCGUGCUCUCUGACCUCUCCUCGGAGUUUACCUGAAUUGUAUGAAGAGAAAGCACAUAAUUUGAGAGUGUUCUCAUUUGCAGAGCUGAGACAGGCAACGCAUGACUUCAACAGGCUUCUUAAGAUUGGACAAGGAGGAUUUGGGAGUGUCUUUAAGGGCUCAAUUAAGCCUGUUGAUGGGCAGGGAGAUGUUAUUGUUGCUAUCAAGCAACUGAGCAAGGAUGGCUUACAGGGACACAAGCAGUGGCUGGCAGAAGUUCAAUUUCUUGGAAUUGUGGAGCAUCCAAAUCUGGUCAAACUCAUAGGAUACUGUGCUCUGGAUGGAGCAAGAGGAAUUCAAAGACUGCUUGUAUAUGAAUAUAUGCCAAACAGAAGCUUGGAAGAUCAUCUCUUCAAUAAGGCACUUCCACCGCUCGCUUGGAAAACGAGACUGCUGAUAGCACUCGGAGCAGCUCAGGGAUUGGCUUACCUGCAUGAAGGAUUGGAAGUUCAGAUAAUAUACAGAGACUUCAAGAGCUCAAAUGUGUUACUGGAUGAGAAUUUUCAUCCAAAGCUUUCAGAUUUUGGGCUUGCCAGGGAAGGGCCAGAAGUUGGGCAUACUCAUGUUUCGACAGCAGUAAUGGGGACUAAUGGAUAUGCAGCUCCAGACUACAUCGAGACGGGUCAUCUCACAGCAAAAAGUGAUGUGUGGAGUUUCGGUGUUGUCCUUUAUGAGAUUCUGACGGGAAGGCGAUCAUUGGAGAGACAACUUCCAAGAUCAGAGCAAAAACUUGUGGAAUGGGUUAAACAUUUCAAUCCUGACAGCAGAAAGUUCAGGUCAAUAAUAGAUCAUCGACUUGAAAACCAGUAUCCUAUCAAUGCAGCUAGAGAAGUAGCUAAACUGGCAGAUACUUGCCUGGCAAAGAAUGCAAAGGAUAGGCCUUCAAUGGCUAAGGUAGUAAACAGAUUGAUGCAGAUCAUCGAAGCUGUGGAUGACAGAGAACCUUGCGAGGGAAGUCCCGACUCCUCCGACGAAGCUGACAUGGUAAGAGAGCCAGAAAAAAUGGAGGCACCAGAGUCAUGGAGAAGGCGGAUGAGCCACCUGCAGAAACUGGGAGAGCAUGUGGAGGGUGCAAGUAGAAGAAGAUUUAUGAUAAUGCAAAGAGCAAAAGUGCCUUGAAACUUUGGUUUCACACUUUCAGGAUCAUAUUUUGGUACAUAGUCUAUGCUGUAGUCUUGAAAGCAAAGAAACGGAAUAGAAUAGAAUGUCAAUCGAGAAUUUGAAGUAGAAAUGUUGAGGCAAACAUAUGACACACAAUAGAAAUUCUGCUGCAGGAGGUGAACAGUAGCCAAUGUAAAUAGUCUAUUUUGAGUUAUUUUAUUCUAUUGAUUUAAAUGUUUCGGUUGGGGCCCAGAAAAUAAACACGAUGAGAUCUAUCAUAAAGAUAUAGAUACUGACUGGAUAGGGUGGGGCGGCUUACAUCUUCAUCCACUUGAAACUCGGGUAUGGUAAAGGCGGAAAGAUACAGGUCUCUGCAAGGAUUUCUCACAAUAUUUAAACAUCAUUAUUCUAAUUGUUAAUUAGCACUAAAUAUUAAUUAAAUAUCUACUUAGUCAAGAUGAUAGUGAGAGAUGAAUGUAUCCCACUUUUUCCUCCUCAAACUCCCUUUCUUUAAAUAAAUGUGAGUGUCAAGUUAACUUA